GAAGAGCUUAGAUAAGAACAAAAUUUGACCUAAAAAGUGCUUUAUAAUUUGAUAAUGAAAUAGGUGUUCUAAAGAAAAUAAAAGAAACACGCAGAUAUGAAAUUGAAUCUCGGAAAUUGCUUUAUUUGGAUAUUAGUUGCAGUAUUUCAAAGAGGUGCUGGUUGCCCUACUGGAUUUUUGUCACACGGCACAGACUGUUACCAUUUCAGCCAUGAUAUGGAAACCUGGAUUGGAGCAUUGCAAAUGUGUCGGGAAUUAGACAGUUAUUUAGUAGAAAUAAACGAUCCUGCGGAGAAUGAAUUUAUAAAAACAAUGGCUAAACAGAGGAACACUAUGUAUUGGUUGGCACUGUCUGAUGUUCGUGAAGAGGGUACAUGGAUCUGGAUGGACAGUCAUACACCUUUGGUAGCUAAGAACUUUUCCGACUGGAACUCAGGAGAACCUGAUAACCUGCAUAAAAAUGAAAAUUGCGCUGCAAUGUACCGUGUAGGUCAUCACGGAUCAUGGUCAUGGAGUGACAUGGCGUGUAGUACAAACCUUCAUUACAUCUGUGAAUUAAAGGCAGGAAAUACAGAGUUAGUGGGAUGAUAUUUGGGUUUCUUGUAUUCUAUACAUGUUUAUCUUAUUUGUAAAAUAAAUGUAAGAUAAUUGAAA